CCCCACGGCGGGGCAGCGCGCCCGAGGGAAGCCGAACCCCUUCGGCCAUUUCCGCCACCGCAGACCCGAUGAUUUCCGACUGCGCCCAAAGCCAGCGCCGAGUCUCUUCGGCAACUUCCGGAAACCCGGAAAGGAGGCUGCCGAGCAUGUUCGGGCAUCUCCGGAACGGCAGUGCCGCCCGGGCGACAGGAGGGCGGCCGCGCUCCGGCCCCGGCCAGACAUGCGGCUGCUCUCGCGCGCCCUCCGCGCGGCGCAAGGCUACCGAGCCGCCGCGGUGCCCGCUCGGAGCCUGCGGGCAGCGCCGGUGGGAUGGCCGGUGCCGGUGCGGCGCGGGCUGAGCGCGCGGCCCGGCCUGGAGGAGCUGUUCGCCGCGCCCUCGCUGCGCCGGCUGCUGGAGGCGCGCGCGCGGGGCGAGGGCGGGGCGGCGCCGCAGCUGGCGGCGCGCGUGCGGCGGCUGCGCGACAAGGAGCGGGAGCUGCGCGACACGCGGGAGCUGGCGCAAGAUGAGAAUGAAGAUUUCCGGAAGCUUGCCGAAACAGAAAUUGCUUCCUGUGAAGAAGAGAUAGCUGAACUGAAACAACAGAUAGUGUUGCUUUUGAUUCCUUCAGAAGAAACAGAUGAGAGUGAUCUUGUCAUGGAAGUAACUGCUGGAGUUGGAGGGCAGGAAGCCAUGCUGUUCACCUCGGAGAUAUUUGAUAUGUAUCAACGAUAUGCUGCUUAUAAAAAGUGGAAAUUUGAAGUAUUAGAAUACUUUCCCAGUGAACUAGGGGGCCUAAGACAUGCAGUAGCCAGUAUUGCGGGUGUUGAGGCUUACAAAUACAUGAAGUUUGAAGGAGGAGUGCAUCGUGUCCAGCGGGUACCAAAGACAGAAAAACAAGGACGCAUUCACACCAGCACAAUGACUGUUGCAAUAUUACCCCAACCCACUGAGAUGAGGCUGCAAAUUAGUCCAAAAGAUCUACGGAUAGAAACAAAGCGAGCUAGUGGAGCUGGAGGCCAGCAUGUCAAUACCACAGAUAGUGCUGUGCGGAUAGUUCACAUUCCAACAGGGAUUGUGUCUGAAUGUCAGCAAGAAAGAUCCCAAAUUAGAAACAAAGAGAAGGCUAUGCAAAUGCUAUGUGCUAAACUAUACAACGCCAAACUAGAAGAAGAAACCAAAAAGAGAAACUAUGCUCGAAAGAUUCAAAUUGGGACUAAAGGAAGAUCAGAGAAGAUCAGAACAUACAACUUUCCACAGGACCGGAUUACAGACCACAGAAUAAGCAGAUCAGUGCAUCAUGUUGAGUCUUUCAUGCUAGGGGAAGAAAUGCUAGAUGAAAUGAUACAAACUCUGAGAGAAUAUGCUGAUUAUGAAUCUCUAAUGGAAAUUAUUUCAGAAAAUGAAAAAAAUUCCUCCUGAGCAUUGUUCUUUCUCAGGCCAUUACAACAGAUAUAGAUGUUGGUCUGCAAAGCUUCUCAGAUCACCAUCCAGAAAAUGGAACUUCUUUUCAGAUCAUGAAAAACAUCACAACUUGUUUCUUCAUGAAUAUUAAAGUUUUCUUACUUGCUGAGUAAAA